AUGCCUUCAAUCCCCGAAGAGCCUCUUCUCGCCCCUAACCCUGAUCGAUUCUGCAUGUUCCCUAUCCAAUACCCCCAGAUAUGGGAGAUGUACAAGAAAGCCGAAGCCUCGUUCUGGACGGCGGAGGAGGUCGACCUCUCGCAGGACCUCCGCCACUGGGACUCCCUCACCGACGGCGAGCGUCACUUUAUCACCCAUGUCCUUGCCUUCUUCGCCGCCUCAGACGGCAUCGUCCUUGAAAACCUCGCGGGCCGUUUCAUGAAGGAGGUCCAGGUCUCCGAGGCCCGCGCCUUCUACGGUUUCCAGAUCGCCAUCGAGAACAUCCACUCCGAGAUGUACAGCCUUCUUCUUGAAACCUACAUCAAAAACUCCGAAGAGAAGAACAAUCUCUUCCACGCAAUCGACACCAUUCCCUGCGUCACCAAGAAGGCCAACUGGGCUCUCCGCUGGAUCGACUCAGCCGAGUCCUUCGCCGAGCGCCUCGUCGCCUUCGCCUGCGUCGAGGGAAUCUUCUUCUCCGGAAGCUUCUGCUCCAUUUUCUGGCUCAAGAAACGAGGCCUCAUGCCUGGACUCACCUUCUCCAACGAACUCAUCUCCCGCGACGAGGGGCUCCAUUGCGACUUCGCGUGCCUGCUCUACUCUCUCAUGCGGAACAAGCUCCCCGAGGAGCGCGUGAGGGAGAUCGUGCGCGAUGCUGUGGACAUCGAGAGGGAAUUUGUGUGCGACGCGCUUCCUUGCGCGUUGGUGGGGAUGAACGGGGCCUUGAUGAGUCAGUACAUUGAGUUUGUUGCUGAUAGGUUGCUUGGUGCGCUUGGCUGCGGGAAAGUGUAUAAUGUGCAGAACCCGUUCGAUUGGAUGGAACUGAUUUCGCUGCAGGGGAAGACCAACUUUUUCGAAAAGCGCGUAGGGGAAUACCAGAAGGCUUCCGUUAUGUCCAGCUUGAACGGUAACGGUGGAACCCACGUCUUCAAGAUGGAUGAGGACUUUUAG